UUAAACUUAUACAUCUCUUAUAUUGAAAGUUCGAGCCAGUGGCUGGGAUAAUUUGUAUUUUAUCCUGAAACUGAACAUUAGCCGCUGUAACCAUCCACCUCUCGCACCUGGCAAUACACCUGCCUGUUGUUACCGUCAACACCCGCACAAGACCUCCGGGCUUCACUAACGCUGUAAGGAUGAAGAUUGAGAACAGCCUGCCCCGCCCCCAGCUCCCCGAGACUCCGCCCCAGACAGGCCUGCAGUUCACCGUGGCGACGGAGGAGGACUUUGAUGAGAUCAUGGCCAUAAGCCAAGACAUCUACGGAGGGCUGGACUACCUACCGACCCGCUACACCGCCUGGCUAUCCGAGUCCAACCGCACUGUCAUACUGGCCCGCAAGCAGGGCAAAGUGAUUGCCCUGGAGUCGGUGUGUGUGAUUGACGAUGGUGAGACCAUGCUGGUGGAGGGGUUACGUGUGGCCCCCCAGGAAAGGGGGAAGGGCGUGGCAGGGGUGCUGCUGCGGUUCUGCUCUCAACUGGUCAAGUCCAAGUGGCCUGAGGUGAAGGUGACCAGGCUGACCCGUGACGACCAGCUGGGGCCCAAGGACUUCCAGAAGUACCGCCUCAUCACCAAACAGGGCAUACUGCUGGUUCGCUUCAACGCUGAACAUCUCAAGCUCCGGCUCUCCGAACUGGGACCGGUUGUGACCCUCCCCACCUACUCCGAAGGUACCCCCCAGGGUUCUGACACCCCUCUGGUUCCCCCUGUCCUUCUGGACCUCAACGAGGCCCACCAGAUGUUCCUCAACUCGGGCCUGAUGUCCAACGUGCUCCCCAACGCUACCAUCGUCCAGGACUGGCAGCCGUUCAAGCCAGUGCCCAGCAACAUGGUCAUUCUUCUGAAGAAGGACAUCGACUGGAUGGUGGACGACCGCUACACCCCCACUGUGGCCAGCCUGUGCACCCACCCCUUCUGGGUUCCUGGAGGUCCUCGCGGAGUUGGGACGGACACGUACUACCUCAACAUCGACGUGUUCGGCAAGGACAUAGGCCUGGUGCUCCAUCAGUUCCUGAGUCACCUGAGGCGCCACGCCACCACCCUGAAGGGGCACGUCAUGUGCCAGAUGUUCCUGGAUCCUCCCAUGUGGAAACCCAUGGCCGAGUUCUGUUGCCAGACACUGAAUGUGGAGCUGGUGAAGGAAUACACGGAGCAAUGCGUGGUCGAGUCGGAUGUCGUGUAGCCCGGAGGAAGAGGAAGGAGGAAGAGGAGAGACAAGAUGGAAGAAGAAGUAACAUGAAAUCAUUUUAAAAGUUUCCAGAGACCCAAUGAACGAAUGAACCUCAUUCUCUUUAGAAAAUGAAAUGGAAAAUUUCCCCAAGAAACUUCAGAAGGAUUGGCAACAACCUCGCUAAGCAACUAUAGCGAAACACCUCAGAAGCUGCAUAAUAUUUGCAAUAUGUUUGAUUUGAACACUACCGCAUACAGAAAUAUUUUACACAAAAAAAGGCAGCUACAUGAAAAACUUUUGACUAAUUAGUUUGAAUUAGCUUCUCACCGUUUUUUUUUUAACCAUUCAGUCAUUUAAACAAAUCUAGCUCUUAACAACAGGAUGCUAAUGUUAUUCCUUUAAAAAAGAAAAAAAGACAAAUGCAAGCUAGCUUGGAGAAUAUCAUGCCUUUCAAUCCUUUUAAUGUAAAUAUAAAGUAUAAAUAUGUACACAUUCUGAAUUGCAAAUAAGUCUGCACAACUCUUGAGGCACUUUAUGAAACCAUAUGGGCUGUUGUGCUAAAGUGCAAGUGAUGACGGGAGGAGGAGAGGAGUCGUUUUAACUUUUAGAAAUAACAGAAUAUAACUGAUUCAGAACGCAUCACUCCCUUGGUAACGGUAGAAAUCCUUAUGGACCUAAUCUAUCCAACACCGUAUCCCCAAAUACUGUCCAACAAACAAUAGCCCUUCAGUGAAUCUUACAGAGCAUUUGCACGCUUAUAAUUCACACAAAAUGGCUGAAACGAAACAGCUAUAAUUACACUUAGCUUAUAACACUAAAACAUGGCCAGUUUGCAUUUAAACAAUUUCUUUUUUUUUUAAACAAUUGCUCAGUUGUUUUGUUUUUAUGUUUUUAAGCACUUAAUCAUAUUGCUAAUUUAUUGUUACUUUUCCUCGUGUACUUGAAUGCAACCGUAGUAUCUAAAGAGGUAAUAUAUUAUCAGCAGAAGCUUUCUGGAGGCUUUCUAAUACUUAAUGUGCAAUCCAAGCUUACUCUAUAGUACAUUGCUAGUAGUGUGAAAAAGGGAGCUGUACUUACUUUAUAGUAAACCACAAAGACUAAAACAAUUUAACUAAUGUAGUUCUGAUUGACUUAACAUUAACAACAUUGUUCAGUAGCUAGAGAAAUAUUUCCAUGGUAAAUGUCGCCAUCGCAAAUAUUAGCUGACAACCUUUGUAAAGACUGAAUUGUAGUCCCUCAUCAACAUAGACUCAGUCAUCAGACAUGCUGUGAAACAGCCCUCUGAAACCAUUUUAAGCUUCGUAGCCACUCUAAGAUGCUUCAUAACCCCUCUAUGAAGCUCCAUAGCUACCCUAAGAAGCUUCAUAAGCUUUGGGACAUGAUCAGAGCUCAGAUAAGCAAAUGGGACACCCUUUGCUCUCGAAAGUUUCCUAACCACUCUACUAAGCUUCAUAGCCACUCUAAGAAGCUUUAUAAGCUUUCGGCUCUUGAACGUUCCCUUUAAGACAUGAUGCCCUUGACACUAUGUAGCACUGAACGAGCCUACAUUGCAACCCCCAACUUGAGACUAAAACCACUACAGAUCAGUUACUGGCCACUUCACUGACUCCAACCUGCCCUCGUUGUAAAAGGGACCUUGUUGUAAAGGAUGAAAUGGACGGAGGAAGAGAAUAGCUUUUUAUUUUUUGGUAGACUGAUCAGUGGUUUGCCUGUCUUUCCCUGACUCUAAAGGAUGAACGCACUCACCCAUGAUAAAUGAAGGAUUUAGGACUGGAUCAAUAUCGGACGAUGGAUGAGAUGCCUGGAGAAAGUGGAAUGAAGAAUGAAGCAAAUUACAUACCGGAUUCCAUAUUCUUCAAACCAACAAAACAAUACUUUGUCAAGGCUGACAAUGAUUUUCUCAGUUCUCUGAGAAGCACUUCCUAUUUUUUUCACCGAUCGAAGAAGCAAACAUGGACUGACCCCCCUUCUUUUGCUGUGGCGAGUCGUGAGGAAGCCAAAGAUGAAGAUGAAGAUGUGAGUAGCCUGACUUCAGUGGCGAAGAGAAGAAGUAGUACACAAUCAUUCCUACACCACACCACCCUUGUCUCUAAAGGCAUUCCCCUACACAACGUACGAAACCCCACAUGAAACCCCCCAAUCAAAUCAUAUCUAAGAAGUUCUCCAUCAUAUGGGAAGGUGGAGCUUUUCCUCACAAGCCCAUACAACCCCUCUCUCUUUCCAUCUCUCCUCAUGAAUAGAUUGAAGACCAAUUUAAAGCCACUGAGUUUAAAACAUCACUAUGUAGGUUAUCUAAAUCUCUUGGCUGGUCAAAGCUAAGGUUCCCUGGAUGCACUGUCGUAUCCAUGCCGACCAUCUGGUGUAUGUAAAUGAUCUUGGAGAGUGUGCUUUCCUGCUGCUAGUGUGUGCCCACAAGACCAGGUGAUUUACCAAACGUAUUGUUCAGAAAACCGCCUAGUUAAAUUUCUCCCUAUUUUUUUAAAGCUGGUUUGAACAAUUCAGAUGUUGGCUUCGUAGGCUACGCCACAACACGAGAGUAGUCAUUUUGAAUUUACCUUGGUGGUGGUUGGACAUUUAAUGAAUAGAGCUCAGUGUAUUUACAAAAAGGUCACUGAGAUGGGAGAAUAUGAGCUAAUUUGUCUCUUUGAUUUUAAAAACAUUUGAAAAACUCCAGUCCAGUCCACACCCCAUACCUGUGUCUGUCGGACUGCACGAUUGGCAAAUGGAAAGCAGUUGUACUGUUACUUCAUGUUCUCCUUAUCUCGCCAUGGUAAAGAUGGAGCUUUCAGUUGUUAAAAGCAUCUGAGUGCGAGUGGGGAAUGUGAUUAUAUAAUUCCACAGUGUCACGGUGGUGUUGGUGUUAGUGGUGGUAGUGGACUUUGCAUGGUCACAGACACACAGUGUUGUAUUGUAUGACUGCCGAUAUACCCUGCAGAGUCCACAGAUCAACUGAUCCAAUGGCUUUCCAAGACCAUAUGGCUAAAAUGGAUACCAGUACACACCGCACGUCCAGGGAUACGACAGGUUGGAGGGUAUUUGGUUGGAGGGUGAACACAAUCUUUGAUAUGAUGCACAGAGACAUGUAUUAAAAACUUUAAAACUAUUCCCACAGCCUCACCACGCCCAUGCAAUCUAUUGCCCAAAUGCCCACUACUUACCCACCCAACAACAUGUUCUAAUCAAUGUUGUAUCCACUACUACGAUAGAGACAAGGUUGUUGUCAUUCAAACUGCCUCAGUCCUCAACAUACCCAUCCAGUAAAGACUAUAUCCCACCUCCAUCUUCAUACGGACUAGACAUGAUGGUUUUUAUCUUAAUUGUUGUCUGGUGAAUUGGUGGUUUGUCACCUGGUAUAUUUCUGUACUGUAUAUUUCUAUAUUUGACAUGCAGAUAUAUGCACAGUGUUUCAGGGGGAUGUGAAUGUUGAAAUAAGAUGCAGUACUGUAGGUGUCUUUUGUCUUGUUCUUAAAGGUAUGUUUUGUGUGUUUGAGGGAAAGCUCGAAGGAGAAUGUUUGGCAGAGAUCCAAGGAGAUUUGAUUGGUUAUAGAGUGCUCCAAAUCUGAUAAAUCCGGACUCAUUCCAGAAUUAAAAUAAUUCCGGGCACUCUUAAAAGAUUAUGUAGCAGUACAAGUCAUCCACUGUUGUAAAAUGGGAACUCUCCUUCCUCCCUUGUCCCCCAUUCCACACACACACAGCCGAGAGAACAAAUGGUGUUGAACCAACAGCUUUGGGAAUAGAUAUGACGAACAGGGUCGAUAUUUAAGGGUUUCCUAAAGCACUGUGUAUUAGUAUGUGACAUGCAUUUUACAUGUGAAAGAUACUGUAUGGUUAUGUACUAAACCAGGAGGAGGGUAUUUAAUGCUCUCCCUUGAUUAGGGGGUUCUUAACACAAUGAGGUUACUGUUACUGCACUGUGCUGCCAUUGAGUCGGAGCUCGGUCUGAGGGCGGUAAAGUAAGCACUUUGUUCAGCCGAUUCAUUGGCUCUCUGCUGCUGUGAUAAUGUCGGGGAGGGCAGCAGGGUGAAGUGAAACCGAAAGGAUGUGACAUCAGUCAUUCAUAGUUCUAACUGAACAGCUGGUGUGUUUUGAUGUGUUCUGUCCCGCUGUCAUCGUCGUCAAGGUCGAUGUUAAUCAGCCACCGUUAUGGAGCAAACGUUAGAUUGAGACUAAACACCCUGUGUGUCAUCAGUUCAAGCGCACUGUGCUUGUCCAUUGCCGCGACAGACGAAUAACUAUUAUUGAAUAAUUUAUCGUUAUGAAUCUGAUUGCAUGCUUAGUUCUAUAUUUGCUGAUUAAACAUAAAUAUCAUAUUUUCCCCCAAAAAAAUAUUUAUUUGUAUUAAUUAAGACAUUAAGGAUCAAGUUUGAUGUACAAACCGUACUUCAUUUGAUGGCUGGUUAUCAUUUAGCUGUGACUCUGUGUUCUCUAAUUGUACAAAUGUAUGCAGGUGUUCUUUGUGUCUUUUUAAAAAUACUAAUGAUUUCCUCUUAUAUACCUUGUAUUCCACCCAUCCUAUUAUUUUCAUUUGAAUUCCUCACCGCUUUUCACUGUGUUCUUAAAACCGGCACCACAUUUAAUCUCUUUAAAUCUAUAUUUGGUCAUUUUGAAUACGGACACACUUGCAGUAUUAUAAACAGCUGGAGCUGAGAUGAAGUAGAUGAAUGGGAGUUGCUACAGUACUUAGCAUUUUGUCUGACAGACAGUGUGACAGGUGCCAUGGUGACGUGGUUUAAACAGACGGGAGGAAGUUCAGAGAUGAGCUUCUAUUGAUAACAUAGACUGAUCCCAGAUCUGUUUGCAUUUUAGCCAACUCCUCUGUCUAUGAUAGUCAGACAAAUUUGGCUGAAGUACGUACUGAUCUCGGACCAUUAUAGUGGCUUGUCUUAGUAGUUAUGGCUAUGCUUGGUGGUGAAGAAGGGGAGAGUAAACUGAAACCCUCAUCCCUCAUUUCUGAAAUGGUGGAGGUGGAGGUCAUAAAGAUGAGGGGGAUGGAGGAAGGAGAGGUCAGGGAGAGAGGGAAGGAGGGAUGGUGUGGGUGUUGUGGAGGAGGAGAUGAGGGAGUUUCUCUCUGUCUCUUAUUGCAAGGAUGGUUACAGUAGGUUACAGAACCCUGAAAAAGUAUAUGAAGCUUUGUCGCCAAGCUAAGAUGCUUUAUAACCACUCUAUGAAGCUCCACACGGUAGAGUCUGACCUUUAACCCACAUGCACAGUAUGUGGGUAAAAGUUCAGACAAAAACAUGGGCGAGACAGAGAUAGCAACAGUAGGGAGAGGUGAAUGACAAUAGAGGACCAGGCCGGUCAAACUAUUUAUAUCUACUACAUUGUUAUGUAUCCACACUAUGUACCCUUCUAGUGUCUAGGGCAGAGCACAUGACUUCCUGGUUCUCUAGCUACCCAUGGACAGCAGGUGUAAAACACCGGUGACAAUUUAUCACUCACAACGCUGACAUUGAGACACUGACUAGACCAGAGCUCUCCAACCCUGUUCCUGGAGAGCUACCCUCCUGCAGCUUUUAACCCUAGUUGUAACUAACCUGAUUUAGCUUAUCAACCAGCUGGUUUAUUAGAAUCAGGUUCGCCGGUUUAGGGUUGGAGUGAAAUCCGUGAGGACAGUCGCUCUCCAGGAACAGCGUUGGAGAUCCCUGGUCUAGAGUCAGUGUGUCUCAAUGUCAGCGUUGUGAGUGAUAGACUGUCACCAAUGUUUUACACCUGCUGCCCAUGGGUAGCUAGAGAACCAGGAAGUCAAGUUAAAGCUGUUCUGUUUGCACUCUGUGUUCAGAGUGAACAUCUGUUCCCUACAUAGUGCACACUAGGCAAUAGUGUGCCAUUUGGGACGCACAAUCAGUGUCCUUUCCAAGCUAAAAUACAUUUGGCUUAUCGUUGAAUCCCCUAUGGUGAGGUGAGAGCCAGCAAGGUUUGUAUUUAUAUCUAUAGGCUAACUCCACAUGAGAUGGAGUUGAAGGCCCGUCACCUGCUGAUAUUAGGAUACAUGAUACAGUAACAGGCCCCUUAAAAACACACUCACACACACACACACACACUUUAUACACAGACAGAAGAGUCUAUUCCUCUCCUAAACUGCUUACUGCUUAGCCAGUGACAUUUAAGAGGCUACGACGACAGUUAGCUAGAGUUUCAGAUUUGUGUGUGUGUGGGUGCGUGUGUAGAUGUGUGUGGGUGUGUGUGUGUGUGUGAGUGAGUGCGUGUCUGUGUGUGUAAUCUGUCGAUGUGUCACAGUGUCUGGUUGCACGGCGAGAGACACAGAGACCCUUUUCAGACAGAUUUCUCAGCUGGUUGUGAAUGGAAAGUCUGUGUGUGUCCCAAAUGGCACCAUGCUACCUAUGUAGGGUACUACUUUUAACAAGGGCCCAUAGGGAAUAGGGCGAGAUUUGGGGCAACAACUCUGCGAAAGAGAGAACGGGGGGAAGGGGCAGAGGAAAAAGAGGGAAGGGGGAGAGGUUAGGGAAAAGAGAGAGAGUUUUUCAGAUGCUUGUUGUGGGUUUUGGAGAGAGACAGAUGGGUACCUACAGUACUGUCUGGUUUUAUGGCUGUUGGAAGCUGCUGCUGGUGAAAGUGGUUUUGGCUGGGUGUUUAAUAAGGAUCUAGGACUGCGUGGAAUGGAUUCAAACAGCUGUCUCGACCAGUUAUUGGGAUCGAGUAGCCACGAGUAAUGUAGAUGUACACACACACACACACACACACACACGCUUGCACAUUUAACACAUUUGAAAACUAUUUUUUCAUAAUCCUAUUUUUCUAUAUCUUCUAAAUGAGUAAAAGCAAAGACCCUAAUGCAUGUUUUAUUAUGGCCUUGUCAACUUCAGAAAGGGCUGUUGAAUUUAUAUUUCAUUUUGUUCUCGGUUUUUCAUCCAUUCAUUUAUUUGUUUAUUUCUCCUUCUUUUAACCCUCUGUAUUCAGACACAUCUUAAUCUAUGACAAAGAUUAGGAUAAUUUUGUGACCCCAUUGUUGUCUGAACCUGGGAAAGGAAUCAAGAAGAAAAGCACAAAUGAACCCUUGAUUGCCUGACUACUAGCAAAUAUAAAGUCUUUGCCAAAUUAUAAAUUCAACUAAAACCACCAUCAAAACAAAACUGAAAAUAAACUGGAAAGACACAACAAAACUGAAAAGGCAGCUGGAAUUGACCAGUGGGUACAAGCUUUUGAAGUAUGUUCUUCUUAAUGUCCUGCUUAAGGGAAAAACGAAGAAAAAACCAUUGUGAGAAAAAAAGAAAAAUCUAAUCUUACUACUUGGCCAUACUGCACCAUGCCGAUGCCUCUUUUGUGAACAACUACUGUAUGUGUGCUCUUGUGCAAUUAUCUCUUAUGUUACUGUUGAUGCGAAAUACUGUAAAGAACAUGGGAGUGGUAGAAACCGUAGGAAUAGAAACAUGGCCGCUGUUACUGUUGAUUUGAAUGUGAAUAGCCGUUCUAGGAAUUCUAUUUCGAUGGGUGAGAAACGCAGCUGGACCUUCUACCCUAUCAAUCUGUGACCAUGUGUAUAGCCCAAGUGUUGUGAUAGCUAAUGAUGCUAACUGUGCUACAUGCAUGUUAUCCAACCCAAAUGAUCAUCUGACUGUAAUAUAUGUGGCCUGGUCACGUUCGUGUGUACAUUGUAAAUAACCUAAAAGCCUAUUGAUCCAUCUAAAGGGCAGAAAACAACACACACCAUAUUGUAAUUUUGUACGUUUGAACAGAGAUUUUAGAUGCUAUGUGCAAGAUAAAAACAAACACUAAAACAUAGUUUCUGGUUACGUCUCCACACCCAUGUUCUGAAAACGUUUUAUGUGGGGAAUGAUUUUUCUGUAACACCACAUGUAAAGGGGGGGUAGAUUUCUGUGUAACACCAGACAUGGUCAUUCAGUGGGUUUUCAUUCAAUUCAAUUCAAAGUUAUUAGAGCUUUGUGAUGAAAUAGUCCACCAGCACAUUCAUUCCUUAGGUAAUGUUGAGUGAAAACUCUUACUCCGUUUCCUUCUUUCUUUCUUCUUCACAUCCAAACAUGUAAAGAAAAGAAACAGCAUAUUAUUCCCUUUAUAAGGUGGAAUCCACCUGAACACUGGGGUUUUUGGGGUCUGAAGUCGUACCAAAGACUUCUCAGAUGGUCUCCCAAGGCAACGCAGCAAAGACCCAACUGUCAAUCUAUAUAUUAUUGUUAUCAGAAUCAGCUUGGGUUAUCUAUGAUAACAAGGUCCAAACACAGCUUCUCUGUACGACCUACUAUACAAAUUCUCCUAAAUGUACCUGUGCAGAAAUUGACCGAUUCCAAUAAUUGCUGAGCCUGAAAGAGAUUUAACAAUAAUUAGAGAUAUUUUGAGAUUAGAUAUAUCUGGAUACGCUGAAUAAUCAAAUUAAACAAACAGACAGCUGAGGUCAAAGACAUGGCUCAUGAUUGUUUUUAUUUUUCAACAACAAAAAAUAUUCACACUUACCUUGCCAAGCUUUCACUAUAGCGGUCCAACUAAAUGACCAAUGUCUGAAUAAACAUACAUAGCUUAUAUAGAUUUAGGUUAGAUGAAAAUGCCCAGACCUUGACCCCUGCUCGGAACCACCAAGGUCAUAGGUCAAAGGUCAUAGAGCAAAGGUUAUGGUUCCGGAGUUUUCAUUUAGCCCUUUUUCCUUGACAUGGCUGCAGCUGUUGAGUAUCCGCUAGAGUUUCACGAUUAUAUACGGACGCACAGUACAGUGUAAAAUAUAUUGUACGUUGAAGCCUAUAUGUCAUUGACUCACAGUUAUAACAGGUUAUAACCAAGAUCCUGUGAGAUAAAAGACAGGAUAUAUAUUCAUUCAUCUCGUAACUUUACAGUUUUAAAUCAUUUUAGUGAGACUUCUUAUUGGAUUCACAGCUGUGUGUCUGUCGGGGUGGUGAAUACAGUGGUCAUGCCAUUUGAAGGUAUGUUGGUAAUCUGGAAAAAAUUUAUCAUUUUUUUUUCUUGGUCCUUCUAUUCAUUUUAAUAUUUUAUUUUAUACCCAACUUUCUCUGCUUAUUCUCAAGCGGUGAUUUGGAGAAUUUUCUUUUUCUCAUUUUUUAAACGUAUUAUUAUGUUUUUUGAUUGUUAUUAUUUUUCAGAAGCUAUUUUUUUUUGUGAGACUGAGAUGCAAAACUAUUUUAAAUACAAUACUUUUAAAAAACGACUUUACAAUCCACGAGAGAUCUAUGGGAUGUGUUUUUUUUUUCUCUCCAAUUCGGAUGCAAAAAUGUGUGUAUGUUGGGGAUUGACGAUGGGUAUGGAACAGAAACAUGUGGCUAGGUUUACACGGAGUCCCAACACACUCAGCAUAAUACUUAAGAAACGUCUUAAGACAAUACGUAAGAUGCUAAUUAAUAAGAUGUGCAUUUUUACUUUGUCUAAGGCAAUACGUAUUCCUGUUUUGACCUAAUAUUUGAGUUAUGCAUUUUUUUAAGUUGUCAAAGCUAGGCAGGUUAGCUAGUAUGAUUAACGUUGUAAAAACUAGACAGGUUAGCUAGUAUUAUUAACGUUGUAAAAACUAGACAGGUUAGCUAGUAUUAUUAACGUUGUAAAAACUAGACAGGUUAGCUAGUAUUAUUAACGUUGUAAAAACUAGACAGGUUAGCUAGUAUUAUUAACGUUGUAAAAACUAGACAGGUUAGCUAGUAUUAUUAACGUUGUAUAAACUAGACAGGUUAGCUAGUAUUAUUAACGUUGUAAAAACUAGACAGGUUAGCUAGUAUUAUUAACGUUGUAAAAACUAGACAGGUUAGCUAGUAUUAUUAACGUUGUAAAAACUAGACAGGUUAGCUAGUAUUAUUAACGUUGUAAAAACUAGACAGGUUAGCUAGUAUUAUUAACGUUGUAUAAACUAGACAGGUUAGCUAGUAUUAUUAACGUUGUAAAAACUAGACAGGUUAGCUAGUAUUAUUAACGUUGUACAAACUAGACAGGUUAGCUAGUAUUAUUAACGUUGUAAAAACUAGACAGGUUAGCUAGUAUUAUUAACUUUGUAAAAACUAGACAGGUUAGCUAGUAUUAUUAACUUUGUAAAAACUAGACAGGUUAGCUAGUAUUAUUAACUUUGUAAAAACUAGACAGGUUAGCUAGUAUUAUUAACGUUGUAAAAACUAGACAGGUUAGCUAGUAUUAUUAACGUUGUAAAAACUAGACAGGUUAGCUAGUAUUAUUAACGUUGUAAAAACUAGACAGGUUAGCUAGUAUUAUUAACGUUGUAAAAACUAGACAGGUUAGCUAGUAUUAUUAACGUUGUAUAGAUAUUAAUGUUGUGCUACUAUUAUUUUGGGGGAAAGUAUAGACUUAGGUAUGGGGCACAGGAUAGAUGUUAAAGUUAAAUAACACACCUCACACACACACACACACACUCCCAAAAUGAUUUUUCAGUGUAAACCUAGCCAUAUACUUACAUGGAAUACAAUUUUUUGAAUGCUUUAUAAUCAUAAAGUGAUGGCUACAAACGGGUUAGUAGUAGUAUUUAGUGAUAAAAAUAUAUAUAUUUUUAAUUUUGCUUGCAUUUAUAUAAUAUUGUUGUAGUAGUAGUAAUACUGUAAAAAAAAAUGUGUACAUUUCAACAUACCUCCCUUUCUCGCCAUUCUCUGGAUAAGUAGUUUAAUCAAGGACAUUUUAACAUCUACAAACAUAUAAACCUUAUUAAGUGUAUAUUGCAAUAUUGUUAAGGACAAAACAGCCGUGGAACACAGUAACUUUGUUUAAUUAUAGAAACUAUUGUGAGGUCAAGUCCAGGCUGUUUAUGUAUGUAGUAGUAUUUGAGUAGUAUUUUUGUAGUAGUAUAUUCUGAGAUGAAGUAAUGAUGAAAGUAACAAACAUGGCAGAAAUGCAUAUUGUUAGAAAAUGAAACUCCGCUCUACAGACGGACGUUUUCAAAAGUUCUUUGUUGAUUGUUUCUUUAUUAUAAUUUUUGUUCUUUUUUUUAAAUUUAUUUUUUACUUUCUCUGUUCAGAUUUUUGCCUUUGUUAGGUGUUGUUAGCUAAAAAGAAAACAUUUUUAAAAAACCGAAACAACAAGUGCAUGUCAGAAUGUUAAGCUCUUUCUAUAUAUUAAAAGAGCUCACUUUU